AGGAACUUGUAAAUUGAAAAAGUUUAUCUGCUUUAGCAAUAACCACGAAAUUCGGCAUUGACAACCCAGUAGUCACGGGAUUUCGUGCAAGCAGCACAAAAUACCUACUACGGCGACUACCAGCAACAUUCACAGCGUUCUUCGUACACACAUCCCUGUUUCAGCUCAGUUAUUUUUCUAAAAGCUGCUAAUGUCUGGAGACGGACCUGCUUCACCAACCGGGAGAUACUUACCGUUGGGAAAGAAGUCUAAUACAACGAACAGCAUUAAGUCACAAGGUCCUGGAACUGGAAGAGGAUAUCAAACAAGAGCAAGACUACUGACCAGUAAAGUUUCGGCUCCUCGACCAAUAAACUUACCAAGUUUACGACGAGAACAUGCGGGAAUGGAAACGACAGCACCUGUGGUCCUUGGUACAGUUUCUGGCUGGGGAUCACCAUCGUCUUCGCCUGCUUUGAUCACGUCACCUGGAAAAGGUGGCGAUUCUCGCGUCAAACCUCAAUCUCCUAUAGCCACGGUCGACACGAGUGCAACUGCGGCACAGCUGCGCUCACCAUCAUCGUCCGUUCUUAUGCUCCAGAGAGAAAAUGGAUCUCCAAGUUUAACAAACUCUGGCUUGUCUCAAGGAUCACCAAAGGGAUCAACACUAUCACCGCAAGUACAAUCACAGCCUGUAACGCGAGCCUGGGCCGUGCCUACUACGGUCAUUCCUACCGCGGAAAAAAAAUCGUCUGAUUUCCCCACUGCAGCGGAAACGAUGGACCACUUGAAACCCGAAGAUAAAAAACUCCAGGAUGAAAGCUCAACUGUCGAUAGGAAAGGCUCUGUUAGCAGCCAUAUGGAAGGAAAAUGGGACGAGAUGGAAGAUGAAGCUUUGGAUUUCUCCGCCCCAGUUCUUGAAUUCGCGGACGGCACAACGGUGACUGUGCAACAGAAGGCGGAUGAUAAUGACAGUGAUGUUCAGCAAGAAGAAGAGACGGUAACGCCAGCUGAUCGGUUCACGGAUGAUUACGACCGAAGCUAUCAUGCACAAUCCAGGCACCAUCCGCCAUUGUAUGACACGGGUGACGCUCGCCACAACGAUCGUAACCAUGGCUACCAACGCCCCCCUCACCAAGAUAGCCGAUGGAGGGGUCAUCACGAAGGCAGAGGAGGUCCAGAAGAUGAUCACAAUCCUCGCUAUGAUCGCCGAGGAAGUUAUGAAAGACAUGAUGGCCGAUCAACCUUUUUCGACAGACGAGACAGUGCAGGGAGACAGCCAUCUUUCUAUCACACGCAACGUCCUGGUACAGAUCAAUGGAAGGAUAGCGAACAUGAUCCAUCUUGGAGAAAGAAUAGUUAUCAACGACGGGCUAGUUCUGAAACACGCGAUGAAUUUCAUCCUACAUUACUGCAGCGUCCAAGGCGAGUGUCAGGUGUCAGCUCAAGAUCCGAUCACAGUGUACAUGACGGUUCAGUUGAUGUUGAUCAAGCUCAUUCUGAAACUAUCAAUGCUCAUGGUCCAACUCCUGGCGAAAUAGACCGUCCUCCUGAAGUUACCGCGGUACAAAAAGAAGUAAUGAUGACCGCAGCUGAAAGAGCGAAGAAGCGACGAGAUGAAGAAGAAGCCGAAUAUAUUGCUGCAAGAGAAAGGGCGAAACAAAAGGCACUCGAACUUGCAAAAGCUACCGAAGCAAUCGAACCAGCGACAUCCGAGCUGAUCGGUCAAACGUCGAGCACUGAUGAUAAAUCAUACUCCAAAUCAGAGGCUGAUGCGAAGAAGGCUUCCUCUUGGGCUUCCAUUGUCCGUCCUGUUGCUGGCAAAGAAUUUGGUACAGCGCGAUCAAACAGCUUACAUCAAGAAUCCAACACGGCGCCAAAGUCACCCGAAAAGCCUCAGAAGUCACUGUCCAUAUCCAACAUCGAUAAGGUCAUGUUUUCAAUCCGUCAAACUUUGAACGAAAAACGGUCAGACACAACUGAGUCGCCCAUGGCAUUCUCUCAAUCGAAUACAAAGCCCGCUGUCGAUAUUACAGCAAGCAACAUGUCUGGUUCAGAUGAAAUAACAACAGAAGUCGGUGCCGAAACUGAAUCCAAGCCUUGGACAGGUGAAGGGGACGCCAACUGGUUGGCUACUUCUACAGAAGAUCCCACAUUCACAGCUGAUCCAUCGUCCAUUGUAACGGCAGAAACUGUUCUCAAAAUAGAAAUGAUAACAGAGCCAGAAAUGCAACGUGGAGCAGCGUGGUCAACGAUUGUGAGUGAUCUUGAACCAUCGACCUGGAAGGUUGAUGAGGCCAAGAAGUCAGCACCCGAGGGAACCAAGCUGGAAGAUAACAGCAGCAAGGCUAAGAUGGCAAAUGCUGAUGAUGACUCCAAGAGUGAAGCAGAAGAAACUCCGGGUUUUAAGCAAUGGAAGCGUUUCAUGAAGGAGAAUGCUGAUCACGGAUUUGAAGAUAAGGAGAGAAGUGCACCCAACGACUGGAAUGCUUAUGCUAACACUUUACAAGCCGAAGCUCGAGAAUUAGCAGCAUCCAAAGAUAGCAUGUCAGAAACACCUGAUAACUCUCAAGUGUCGCCGCCAUUUGAUGCAGAAGAUUCGGAAUCUCCAGCCGACCGAACAGACGGAAGUACGCGCGGUGGUCAUCGUGGAAAAUCUCGAGGAGGACUCCAGGAGACUCGUGGUAGAGGUCGUGGCAGUGCUCGCUUUGACUCAGGCUCGGAGUUCGAACGUGGACGAGGACGUGGCCGAGGACGUGGUCGUGGUGGUCGCUUUGCUCGUGACCUGACGGAAACACAAGACGCAUCUUUAAUGACAGAAAAUCAGUCGCCGCCUACGCCCUCGAAUAGCAGAGCUGAUUCAUCAUCGUCUUGGCGACGCAAUCCUAGUAGCGACGAGCAGCUCGAUAUCGAGGUGAGAAUACCUCAUCGACAGAAACAAAAGAAGCUUACCGCCAAAGAGAGACGUGAAGCAGAGUCAAAGGGUGCCACCACCGAUAACGAAUUUAAGGCAUCAGCGGCUGGUGAUCUGACCAUAGCGAAUAGCAUAUCGUCAUCCACUCGACAUAUACCAAAGAAAGUCAUCGGUGCUGAAGAAGAGCUUGAUUUUGCAGACAUAUCACAAUCCAAAGCCAGUACAUCCAGAGGUCAGACUCACAAGUCCUCCAGUCAUGUCAAAGAUGUUAGCCAUGCCGAUUCACCCAUGGAGACAAGUACCCCAGGAUCACAGACAGAAGAAUCUGGCGGUUCAGAUACUGGCCGACAAACCCCAUCGAAGAAAAAGGCACCAAAGAAAAAGAGUUCGCUUGGAGGAUCAAAAACACCAUUGUUCCCUCAAACUUUUGACAACAUAGUUGGUAAACGACCAGCCACGAUCAAGUUCAGAUUUGAGAAUGAUACGGAUGCUGAUAAAGAAGUAGACAUCCAAUUUGAUUCCUCGCCGGCACCUUCUUCGGAGUCCCCUAGAGUUGCCAUAGAACAUCAGCCUACUGAACGCAUGAACUUGGUACUGACCAGUACCUGGGGUGUAUCAUCACCAUUGAAUGGAUCACCCAGUUCUACUUCUCAGCAUGACAGUGUUCUGUUUUCCAAAGACUUGGCGUCCCAUAUUGACUUGGACACCAGUGCUCUAGUUGACAAUUUGGUUCAUGGAAAUUCUAGUGAGGAUGUGGAUUCCUCGCCAAGCUUUAAGGAUCGAUCGAAAGAUGUUCAUUCAAACUCCCCGUUGUCCCAUGGUCAUGGCCGAUUUGGAAAAGGGCACUAUGGCAUGAACAGGCGUCAUGAUAGUCAACAGCAACGGCGAGUAGCGAUUGAUCCUCGAAUGAUGGGUAAUACGAGUUUCCCCGUCAUGAUGUAUCCCAUGGCUAUCAGUUCCCCUGCUGGCACCAUGCCCAACAAUGCGGUAUACAUGACCCCUGAGCAAACCGGACAUUUUCCUGGCACGCCUGGUCAACCUCAAGCAUCCCAGCAACAAUCAUUCUAUUUGAUACCACAGCAAUCGUAUGUGUCUGGCAACCAGUUUCUGCAACAACCAUUUAACCAAGCCACGUCAAACCAUUCGCAAAGUGGCAGUUUCAUGAUACCAUUUGCUUGGCAGCCCAACAACCAGCGGAGCAGACCACCUCAUUCACCACAAAGUGGCCUUGACCAUAAUAGCCCUGGUUACAAGAACAAAGAUAAGAGCAAAUUCAAAACUCCGGAGAUGAUGGCCAAGAAUCUGUCUGGGCAGUAUGACAAGAACAAUGGCAAUCAAGCGAGUUGGGCGUAUCAACCAAGGGGUGGACCUGUGCCAUUAAACCAACCGGCAAUGGUGGCCGGCCCACCAAGCACCUACUUUAAUAAUGCAAUACCGUCGUCGACUUAUGGUGCGCGUGGAGGACGCAGUGGUUAUAAUAUGGGACGACCGACGCGUGGAACAAGUAUUGGGACUCGAGGGGGAGGAUCAACCAACCGUGGUGGUGGUGGUGGAUAUCAGAACUGGCGAUGAGCAUAUUACUGACUGAGCAUUCCUUUUAUUUUGUAUUUUCCGUCCGCAACAAUAAUUUUUUCCUUUCUUUCAACGCAAUACAGUUUAACCCA